AUGGAACCCCCUUCCACACCCUGCAACUCGGAAUCCACAGCUGAUCAACCCGGACCAAGCCCCGUUGGCGUCCGCCCUGUAGAAGAACCCGUUCAGCCUCAGCCUCAGCCUGGAAAAUUGAGUGCUGACAUUUUCCAACCGCCUCCAGGCCCCCCUGAGUCUGACGCAGGCGAACUCGCCAGAGAAGAAGCCUGGCUACAGUUGCUGGCGCCUCUCACUCCUCGGCAGCGAAUCGACAUUCAACGAUAUGCCGAUGUGACAACUGUUGUUUGGGAGCAGCUUGCUGCCAACCCCGAAGCGUCCCCUCAAGGUUUGGCAGCGGCCGAUGAUUACCUAGAAAACAUUGACAACUUUGAAAGAACUUUGGAUGGCUUACCGCAAAGAACUAUUGACCGGGUCGAAGAAUUUUUUUCCCAUAUGAUUCAACAGAUCGGGCAGCUGAUUCAAGAGCGUGAAGACAGAGAUUUGCUGCGACAAAACGUCGAUCCCUUCCUCGACGUCUUGAUCAACACAAACCUGACGUCCUUGCUGGCGGAUGGGGCCCAGCGCGACUCGACGUCAUUGUGGUACUACCGUGCCACCGUGACCACCACUUUCACCGGUCUUGCAUUCAGAAGUGGUUACACUCUUUGA